UCAUUUCUUGAGGAAAGAAAAAGGAAGGGCUUUGUUCUCGUUCGGUCGAUGGUAUCGCGAGAUUUGCCGCGCUUUAUAAAAUCUCCAGAUGAAGUGCUGGAGCCUGUGCGCUUUCUGACCGUUGGUGUGGUGACAUCCUCUGAGACUAAAGAGAAACAUGUCAGCAGGAAACGCAAAGAUUGGAAGCUUGGCUCCAGACUUUACAGCUAAAGCUGUUAUGCCUGACGGCCAAUUCAAGGACCUGAAGCUGUCAGAUUAUAGAGGAAAGUAUGUAGUUUUUUUCUUCUACCCGCUGGACUUCACAUUUGUGUGUCCCACUGAGAUCAUUGCCUUCAGCGACGCUGCUGAUGACUUCAGGAAGAUCGGAUGUGAAGUCAUCGCUGCCUCUGUGGACUCUCAUUUCUCUCACUUUGCAUGGACAAACACACCACGGAAACAGGGCGGUCUGGGAACAAUGAAGAUUCCCCUGGUGUCUGACACGCGCCGCACCAUCUCCACAGAUUAUGGGGUCCUGAAGGAAGAUGAAGGCAUUGCUUACAGAGGUCUGUUCAUCAUUGACGACAAGGGGGUCCUGAGGCAAAUCACCAUCAACGACCUGCCAGUUGGACGCUCGGUUGAGGAGACCCUGCGUUUGGUUCAAGCGUUUCAGUUUACUGACAAGCAUGGAGAAGUCUGUCCAGCUGGCUGGAAACCAGGAAGUGACACUAUCAAACCGGAUGUCCAGAAGAGCAAAGACUUUUUCUCCAAACAGUAAUGAAGACAAGACUUUAGUGUGCUGUAGGAGCUGUAUUUUGAAAUAGUAUUUAGCACAAUGUGUAGGUUUCCACUGUGCCUGUUUUGAAAAGGUCUCUUGUCUAUGUGGUUAACGCUGUACUUGGACCAAAGUUUAGAUGUUUGAUUUGUCCUGUAUUACAAAGAACUACAUUCAGACUGACACUUAAAUGUUUGCUGUUCUGCAAGUCCUUAUUAUUGUUACACAAAUAUUCCUACAGCCAUUGUCAUUGAAAUUGACCUGUAUGAACUGUUAUGUUUUUCUAAGUGUAAGAGUAUCUUAAUAAAGAACAAAUCAACUCAUUGUAA